CGUUUCAUGGUAGACGGUGACGUCACACGUGUAAUGCCGCAAAGCCGAUGGCUUGUAGAGGUGGUCACCACGUUUCUACUCCUAUACUUAGCAAAUAUCCAGCAGUUGUGAUUCAGAUACGUCGUGCUUUCGCGCUCUUUGGCGAACUUCCAAACUUGAUUCGUUUUUGAGUGUUAGUGCCCGCAAUUGCCAACAUGAUUUAUUACAAUCAAUGGAUUUGUGUCAAGUACUUGAAAAAGUACCAGUGAGUUAGUGCGGCCCUUUUGUGAAAAAAAAAAAAACUGAAAUUUUUGGUACAAACGCGAAAAUGUUCCUGAAACCAAACCAAGUGUGAUAUUAGCAUAGUCCUAGUUCAGCCAGUAUUUCAACUUACUAAACCCACCAAAAUGGCCCUCAAGCAAUGACGAACAACACCCAAGUGAUGCUCGACGAAGUCAAAAUCGACGAUGAGAACAAGGCCGAACAACUGGAGAAGCUUUUGGAGAACUCGAGAGUCCCGACCAUCGUCCCGGCGCAGCUCCCGGUGCCCAAUCACGAAACGAGGAGGAAGUCCGAGGGAAGCCUGCUGGGGUCCUUCAGCAGGAUUCGCCUGUCGAUCGGCAACGGCACCAAGGACGCCCCCAACGGGCACGUUUUCAGCAGGCCAGCACAUCUACAACGUGGCUCACCAUUAUCGCAGACGUCCGCCUACAACCAUGCCCGGUGUAGCCUUCGGAGUUACCUUUUUAACAAACGGUCAGGUAAAGGGUACAAGCAGUCCCGCUUCAACGCCCGCCGCAUCCGCAAGAGGGUCGUCUUCAAGCACGGCGACUGCAACGUGGUGCAAGCCAACGUCGCCAAGCGCCGCCGCAAGUACCUGCAGGACAUCUUCACGACUCUAGUCGACGCCCAGUGGCGUUGGACUCUGCUCGUGUUCGCUUUUAACUUCCUGGGCUCGUGGCUGGUCUUCGCCGUGGUGUGGUGGUUAAUAGCGUACACGCAUGGCGACCUCCUAGAAGAGCACAUAAACGGAACCGAACCGUGGACCCCCUGCAUCACCAACAUCUACGGCUUCACCUCCUGCUUCCUUUUCAGCGUGGAGACCCAGCACACGAUCGGGUACGGCGGUCGGACCACCACCGAGGAGUGUCCGGAGGCCAUCUUCGUGAUGUGUCUCCAGAGUAUCGGGGGCGUGAUGAUUCAGGCGUUCAUGGUGGGGGUGGUUUUCGCCAAGCUAUCGCGACCCAAGAAAAGAACGCAGACUUUGUUGUUUUCGAGAAACGCGGUCAUUAGUCAUAGGGACGGAGUACCGUGUUUGAUGUUAAGGGUGGGGGAUAUGAGGAAGAGUCAUAUUAUUGAGGCCCACGUCAGGGCGCAACUUAUCAAACAUAAAGUUACCAAAGAGGGAGAAAGUCUGCCGUUCUUCCAGACGGAAUUGAAGGUAUGGGUUGGCGGCGACGGAGAAGAGGACAAAAUUUUCUUCAUCUGGCCGACGAUGAUCGUGCACAAAAUUGACAAGAACUCACCGCUUUACAACAUGUCGGCCACUGAUCUCUUGCGGGAGCGAUUCGAAAUCGUAGUGAUACUAGAGGGCGUGAUCGAGUCCACGGGGAUGACCACCCAAGCCCGCUCCAGCUACCUUCCGUCUGAAAUCCUGUGGGGUCACCGGUUCCAGUCGCUCAUCACCUUCAAGAAAGAGUCGGGAGAGUACGAAGUCGACUACGCGCUUUUUAACAACACGGUGGAAGUGGACACUCCGCUUUGUAGCGCCAAGCAGCUGGACGAGUACCGGGCGAUGUCCAGCAACGAGUGCGUGGGUUUGCUUUCAGAUCACCUCAGAACCGGUCUGUUCCCGUCCGUGCGAACCCAUUCCAGUGAUACGCUGUGCAGCAUGGACUCGCUGUCCAUAGACGAGCACAUAGUGAUGAAAGUACCGACGAGUCCGAUUCCAGUGACGGUUACCGCCCCAGAGGAAACCACGCCGUUGAGGAACGGGUGCAUACCCAAGGCCACCUUGCCGGUGCCGGUCUGAGCCAGUUUUGAUUUAUCAACGAUACGCUUAUUUGUAUAUAGGUUAAGUAGGGUAGAAUAUCGCUGGUACGAUAUUUUAGAAUUCUCAUUUUGAAGAGUUGGCAGCAAGAGAAAGUGUGAAUUCUUCAGUUUUGUUUUGAUCUCGUGUCGUGCGAAAAUUUCCAGCAGUUAUGUAUAACGAUACGUAAAAACAGUCUAGAGAAGAAAAUUUUCGCUUUAGAGUUUUAGUUGUAAGUUCUGUGUUUGGUAGAUGUGCUUUUAUUUCGUAACUAGUAGGACUUUUUCAUUUUUAUAAUUUGAUCCGUUUGUGUUCACGAAAAUUUUCUUUUACUUCACUCAACUUUUCUAUUUAUUUUUAUACAGAGUACUUAAAGUAGCGGUAGUACCUAGUUGUCUGUCUACAUUUUAACGUAGGUUAAGUUUAAAGUGUAAAUAGUCAGUGCCAUACAUCCUCUAAGGAAUUUUUCUACAAACAUAAAGUCAAUAAAUUAUUUUAAAAACGACAAA